CUUCGUAUCCACCCACCACCUCUCCUCGCCUGUCGGUGACGCCGCCCACCCGCUCCAGCACACGUCCUUUUGACGGGACAGCACUACCUUACCUUAGUAGUACUCUUGGGUUACUUGAGAUGCCUUGAUAAGUACCGAGCCACAACCUUACCCGAACUCCUUGCCGGCCUAUCUGCCUGUCUUCCUUCACCAUCAUCCCAAAGCAGGUCGUCUGGACCCUCCCUCGCUCACUCACUCUCCGCCAACCUGCGUCGCUGCGAGAGCUGCCCGCCCCGCAAGGAAAAGCCAGCACUGUCACCCUACGCCUUGUCCUUUGAUGCCCGCUCGCCUUGGGCUCGACGCCGUCGCUCCCGUCACCUCGCACGUCUUUUGUACUGCCCAAUAGCAAACAAACAACGACAUAGGUACAAUAUAGUCCCGGCUGCGUUACCCGCUUCGCGCCACUUCAGGAACCUGUCCGAGGCGCCGAGCAUCAGUCCCCCGGCCCCUCUCCGACUGAUCGAUCAUGUGUGAAAGCAGCAUUCGCGACCGAGUCGAAGCGGGGUCCGCCAUGGUGCACGCCGACGACUCCGACGAGCACGAUGGCACGCCGCCAGCUGCGGACCACGAGGCUCUCCAGGAGGGCAUGCUCCCCCGAGACGUGCCUCAGCGCACCACCUUUUACGAUCCGGUCGCCGAGCGCCACAUGACACAGACCGACGCCAAACUUUUCUAUCAGCGCAGCAAGAUAGACGGUCGCGGCGCCCCUGGUGCCGCUUGGGCGCAGUCCCCCCCGCAAAGCAGUCCCAUCAUGCCACCCGGGUCGCGAUCGGCCACAGAAUACGGCGCCGACUCUCUGAUUCUGGACUCUGAGGCGGAUAGGCCUGAAGACCGAGCUGGAGUCGCGACGGGCGGCUCCCAGCUCAGCCAACCCACUACUCCCAAUCCGCGAGCCGGUCAGGCGGGUGUUAAUGAAGCCGGCCCAGGCAUUGCUGUUGCCAACAAUGCUGCCCUUUUCGACACCGAGCUACACAUCACUGCCGAGCUAAGCGCCAUCUCCAAGAGUAUUCAAGAUAUUCUUGACGUGAGGCGCAAAUACAUGGCUCUCUCGUCCCAGGGACCGGACGACAAUCCAAGAGAUGGCCCUGACUGGGACAUCUAUCCACCCCCACCGGAGCCUGCCUGGACUCAGAAUCGUGCAGGCCGCGGGCACGGCCCAGCAGGUUCUCACAAUGCUUCCCCCGCCAAUGGCAGUGUUAAGAGACCCCUGCGCAAGCGUAAGCAAGGUCAGGAUGUUGGAGAGGAUUUCGAUAUGGAGGACCUAAUGCCACUACCUAGCAACGAUGGCAUGACGUUCAAACUCGAUGAGAGCUGUGUGUACCAGGUGUUUGCAGAGGGUGAAACGCAAACGCCGGCCAUCAAGGUGCCUACGAUCCGCGAGUUCUACAUGGCCCUGGACGGUAUCCUCAAUAUUUCCUCAGACGGGCCAAGCAAGAGCUUUGCUUUCCGCCGCCUCCAAUACCUUGAAGCCAAAUUCAACCUCUACGCCCUUCUCAAUGAGUAUCAGGAAACUGCCGACAGCAAAAAGGUGCCACACAGAGACUUCUACAACGUUCGAAAGGUAGACACCCAUGUCCACCAUUCGGCAUGCAUGAACCAGAAGCACCUGCUCCGAUUCAUCAAGAGCAAGAUGAAGAAACACCCAAAUGAGGUUGUCUUAUUUCGCGACGGCAAACAUCUGACUUUGGCCGAAGUCUUUGCCAGUAUCAAUCUUACAGCCUACGACCUGAGCAUCGAUACGCUAGACAUGCACGCACACACGGAUUCGUUCCAUCGCUUCGACAAGUUCAAUCUCAAAUACAAUCCAAUCGGCGAGUCUCGCCUAAGGACAAUCUUCCUCAAGACGGACAACUUCAUCCACGGACGAUACCUCGCCGAGAUCACGAAAGAGGUCAUUUCGGACCUUGAAUCGAGCAAGUAUCAGAUGGUCGAAUGGCGCAUUUCCAUCUAUGGAAAAUCCAUAGACGAAUGGGACAAGCUUGCCGCCUGGGUCGUUGACAACAAACUGUUUUCUCAUAACGUCCGCUGGCUCAUCCAAAUCCCCCGCUUGUACGACGUCUACAAGGCGAGCGGCCUGAUGGAGACGUUUGAGCAGAUUGUCAAAAACGUCUUCCAGCCACUGUUUGAGGUGACACAGGAUCCAUCGAGCCACCCCAAGCUACAUGUUUUCCUACAGCGUGUCAUCGGGUUCGACAGUGUCGACGAUGAAAGCAAGGUCGAGCGGCGGCUUUUCAAGAAGUUCCCAGUCCCCAGAGUGUGGGAUACCAAGCAAAACCCCCCAUACAGCUACUGGAUUUACUAUCUCUUUUCCAACAUGGCCUCGUUGAACUACUGGCGGAAAAGGCGGGGAUUCAACACCUUGGUGCUGCGGCCGCACUGUGGCGAGGCGGGAGACAGCGAGCACCUCGCCGUCUCCGUACUCAGCUGUCAUAGCAUUAGCCAUGGGCUACUACUUCGCAAGGUGCCACUCUUGCAGUACGUGUUCUACUUAGAACAAAUUGGCAUCGCCAUGUCCCCAUUGAGCAACAAUGCUCUGUUUUUGGCCUACGAGCGCAAUCCCUUUCAUCAAUACUUUAGAAGAGGCCUCAAUGUGUCCCUUUCGACCGACGAUCCCCUGCAAUUCGCGUUCACAAAGGAGCCGCUCAUUGAGGAAUACGCGGUAGCUGCACAGAUCUACAAGCUCAGCCCGGUCGACAUGUGCGAACUUGCCAAGAACUCGGUCAAACAGAGCGGCUAUGAAGCAUCCAUCAAGCGUCAGUGGCUGGGUCCCAACUUUGAGAAACCUGGUAAGGAGGGAAACACCAUGGUGAAGACCAACGUCCCAGAUAGGCGAGAGGAAUUCCGAUACCAUACGCUGCUUCAGGAGAGAGACGUUCUUAGGCGCUACGUCACCUUCGACUCGGGGAACGAGCAGAACGGUUGCGGCCCGAUAACGUCCGGCAGAGUUCAGGAACCUGCAACUGUGCAGUGGCCCAACUCGGUUUCGGCGACUCCCGGAUACGCGGAGGCAUCAGCGGCCGCAUCCCCGCAAUCGAACCGAGAUGUUGCUCGGGUAUCUGAUGCCAUGGCCGACCUGCACCUGUCGGGCAGUGACCCGAGGAUGUUUCCGGGCAUUUUGACGCGCGAUCAGCGUAGCGGGAGCCUGAGAAACUUGGCGCAGGCGGAGGGGUGGCCAGUUGAUUCUAAUGAGGAACCUGGGGACGAGGACGAUGCGUAGGAACAUCGUUCCGGGCCCGCGAGCGCAUUUGACGUUGGUGCCGGGCCGACUGAUUAGUCGCUCGGAGUCAUAGCCAAGCCAUCACGGGUCAGCAAUGCUUUGGUGGACCUGUAGGCUUGAUGGAAGAGGUACCGCGGGUCCGAAUAUGUAUCUGGCUUGUAAUGGAGCAGGCAAGGCGUAUGGCUAGAUUGCGAGCUACGUUGCCUGUGAAGAUGGGGAGGGAAUUAGUUCGCAUGGUGGUUAGAAUCUGGUGGUGAAUGAUCAUGCUGCGUGUUGUAGCUAUAUGUGGUCGGACAUAUAAAUCGGCUUCACGAGCUAAAUAGGUGGCUUCUUUUCUCCAAUAAUAUAGAGGUCUAGAAAUAAAGACGUCUUUUUUAUUAGUGGUAUAUAGUGGCUAUUAUGGUAAAUACUUAG